CUUGUCUUUCUUCAUCUUCUUUCUCCUUUGUUUCCCUGCCUCCCUUGCCCUUUAUAUGUAAUAGGUCAGUGCCUGAGCUUUACGGAGCCAAGAGACCCUGAUAUCUUGUGUAACCCAAAAGUCCAAACAAAUGUUGAAGCCACUGAUUCAUCCAUCCCAACCCAUCCAAAUCCUACUUCCAUUGCACAAGCCAUUUUUCCAUGGCGCUGGCCCCAUUUCUCUUUCUGUCAAAGCGAGGUCUUUAAUGAACAAAACACGCAAAAAUGUUAAAGUUGGGUUUGUUCCCAGUAACAUCAAAGCUGUAACAAAUACUACUAAGAAGGCUGUUGGGUAUAAGGCUGUUGUCACAGUAAAAGAAACUGUUAGUAGUUUCCUCAAAACCAUUGGGUUAGAACGAGGGCUCGAUGAUAUCAAAGAUUUGCUUGGCAAAACACUGCUCUUGGAGCUUGUUAGUGCUGAGCUUGAUCCUAAGACGGGGUUAGAGAAGGCCAGAAUUAAAGGGUAUGCACACCGGAUGAGCAAGGAUGGUCAGCUUGUUAAGUAUGAGGCAGUCUUUGAAUUACCGGCAGAUUUUGGUGAGAUUGGUGCUGUUCUUGUUGAGAAUGAACAUCACAAGGAGAUGUUUCUUGAGAACAUAGUCAUUGACGGUUUUCCAAAUGGCCCUCUCGAUGUCAAUUGUAAUUCUUGGGUUCACUCAAAGUAUGACAAUCCUCGGAAGGGAGUCUUCUUUACCAACAAGUCGUAUUUACCGUCAGAGACACCAAAAGGAUUAAGGAAACUGAGAGAAGAAGAGCUUGUGAAUUUACAAGGCAAUGGUCAAGGAGAACUCAAAUCCUUUGAAAGGGUUUACGAUUAUGACGUUUACAAUGACCUUGGUGAUGUUGAUACUGCUCCAAGUAAGAAAAGAUCCGUACUCGGUGGGAAAGAGUUCCCAUACCCUCGGCGUUGCAGAACGGGUCGUUCACGUUGUGAUACAGAUCCGCGUUACGAGAAAUGGCAAGCCAAUUUCUACGUGCCUAGGGACGAAGCAUUCUCAGAGGUGAAGCAGCUAUCCUUCGCCACAAAUUUCAUAUACUCAAUGUUGCAGGUGGUAAUCCCAUCGCUAGAAGCUACAAUCCUCGACCCUGAUCUUGGAUUUCCUGACUUCAACACUAUAGACCAAUUGUUCACUGAGGGGCUUAACUUGCCAGCCCUUGAUAAAAAAGAGUUAUGGAAAUCAGUCUUGCCCAGGCUUAUCAAGACUAUAUCUGAGGAAACUCAUAGUAUUUUGCGCUUUGAGACCCCUGAAACAUUGAACAGAGACAAAUUUUUUUGGUUGAGGGAUGAGGAAUUCGCUCGCCAAACUCUUGCUGGUCUUAAUCCAUUUAGCAUAAAGCUAGUCACGGAAUGGCCAUUGAAGAGCAAACUCGACCCUAAUAUUUAUGGUCCUGCGGAAUCAGCCAUCACGACAGACCUAAUUGAGCGAGAAAUCAACGAUGUCAUGACAGUCCAUAAGGCAAUAACGCAAAAGAAAUUAUUCAUCCUUGAUUACCAUGACCUCUUCUUACCAUAUGUCAAGAAAGUUAGAGACCUUAAAGGCAGAACACUUUAUGGAUCACGUACGAUAUUUUUCUUGAACCCAGAUGAGACAUUGAGGCCUAUAGCCAUCGAGCUGACUCGUCCACCAAUGGAUGGGAAACCGCAGUGGAAGGAGGUAUACACGCCUAGUUUUCAUUCCACAGGAGACUGGCUUUGGAAACUUGCAAAAACUCAUGCUCUUUCUCACGACUCAGUCUAUCACCAGCUUGUUAGUCACUGGUUGAGAACUCACGCUUGUGGUGAGCCUUAUAUCAUCGCAACUAAUCGACAACUCAGUAUGAUGCAUCCAAUUUAUAGAUUACUACAUCCUCAUCUCCGCUACACGAUGGAGAUCAAUGCAUUGGCCAGAGAAUCAUUAAUAUGUGCUGAUGGGCCAAUUGAGAAAAUAUUCACCCUUGGCAAGUAUUAUCUAGAGGUUGGCUCUGUCUUUUAUGACCAACAUUGGCGAUUUGACCAGCAAUCACUGCCUGCGGAUUUGAUUAGCAGGGGAAUGGCUGUUGAAGAUCCAACUGCUCCUCAAGGCUUUAGGCUAACAAUCAAAGACUACCCUUAUGCCAAUGAUGGUCUCUUCAUCUGGGAUGCCCUCAAACAAUGGGUGACCGAGUAUGUCAACCACUAUUACCCAAAAGCAAAUAUGGUCGAGUCUGACCAAGAGCUUCAAGCAUGGUGGAAAGAAAUUCGAACGGUAGGCCAUGGAGACAAGAAGGACGAACCAUGGUGGCCUGUCCUCCAAACCCCACAGGACCUAAUUGAGAUCCUCAUGACUAUAAUUUGGGUGGCAUCAGGUCACCAUGCAGCAGUGAACUUUGGCCAAUAUACUUAUGCAGGCUACUUCCCCAGCAGGCCUUCUUUCACUAGAGCUAAAAUGCCCAGUGAAGAGCCCACUGAAGAAGAUUGGAGACUUUUCUUGAGAAAACCUGAAGCUGCACUACUUGAAUGCCUCCCUUCACAAAUUCAAGCUACUAGAGCCAUGGCUGUUUGGGAUGUGAUCUCACAUCAUUCACCGGAUGAGGAGUACUUGGGGGACAAAGUCGAGCCGUCAUGGGCUGAAAAUCCUGUUAUAAAGGCGGCAUUUGAAAGAUUUAAUGGAAAGCUGAAGGAGCUUGAAGGCAUUAUUGAUGAAAGAAAUGCAGACUGUAAUUUAAGGAACCGAAAUGGAGCCGGCAUUACUCCUUAUGAGCUUUUGAAGCCCUUCUCUGAGCCUGGGGUUACAGGGAAGGGUGUUCCAUAUAGCAUUAGCAUUUGAAGUUGCAAAGUUAAUAAAUUUGGGACAAAAAUAUAUUUGUGCAAAUUGCAAAUAAAAAUUGCGAGUGUAUCAAUUGCAAUAAUAUGAAUACUUAAUUUCACUGUGGAGCCGUAAAUAGUGGCUCGCUUUUGUUCUGAGGCAGAAUAUAGAGCAAUAGCUGCUACUGUUGUUAAAGUUA